GUGCGAAGCUAAACAUAUUUGCCGCAACAUGGCAACAAUGGCAACAACUCACGGUUUGUCAGUUUUAACGAAUUCCAGUGUAAAGCCGCCCUUGAAUCCUAAAACAGGAUUAUCUGCAUCAUUGCAUGAAAGACCCGGGCCUACACUUGGAAGGUUUUCGGGAAUUUACUUCGAUGAUUAUGAUCCUGACAGACAGGCAGAAAAAGAAAUUUUUGAACCCAGAUUCACAUCGAGGCCCAGUACAGUAGACACGCCAGACCUUUUACAGUUAGGUAAACUCUCAGACGAAGAAUUUUAUCAGAAACUGUUAGAAUUAAAAAAUGAACAAAGAAAAAUAUUGCAAAAGUGUGAGAAAGUUUACAUUGAAAAACACAAGGGUGUGAUUGCCCCUACAUUUCCAGAGGAGGAUGCUGUGAAGACCCCAAUAAGAACAGUUGCAUCAAAUUCUUACAAUGAAACAUACAGAUCGGAAACAUUUGUUGAUGAAGAUGGUGUUCUUAUAUCAACACGGAGGCCAAGAUCUCCUCUGUCUCCAGCUAGGUCAGCUUCCCCAUUUGCAGGCAGCAGAGGUAAUAGUCCACCAAGAGCUGAAUCACCAGCAAGGGAGUCCCUGACAGACUCCUUCAGCAGACCGCCAACAGGAAGACCUCCAAUACCACUUGCAGCAAAAUCAAUGACAUCUCCACCAUCCCGUCCAAGAUCUGCACCAAUUCCUCGUGAAAUUGCAAAGUCACUCGAAGAUCUUCGCUCGGCAACACUUGGCUUAAAAAAGUCAUUUGAAGUGAGUGACAGUGAAUAUAUUCCAGAUGAUACAGUCUCAGAGCCUUACAGAGAUCAUGAUAGGUCUUUGUCUACAAUAGAACAUAUGUGGCAAAACUUUUCAAUAAAUGAUUAUACACCUAGAAGAUCUGUGAAAGAAAGAACCAUGGAAAGACCAUCUUCAGCAAAAGUAACACGUAAUGAGAAGAGGCAGAAAGAUAGUUGGCGUCAUAGGCUCACAGUACCAAAACCUUUCACCAUGACAUUGAGAGAUGAAAGUAAGGAAAAGAAGAAAUCCAAGAAUCUUAAAGAAUUUGAAGAGCAAAAGUAUCAAAAAGAAAUUGAAGAGGAAGAAGAACUGAAGAAAAAAUUCAAAGCAAGACCAGUUCCAGCUCAUGUCUAUCUGCCCCUGUUUGAUGAAAUUCAGGAAAAAGGUGAAGAAAAGCGACGUCAUAUAAGACAACAAAGUGCUGAAUUGUUAAAAUCUCAAGAAAAGCCGUUUAGUUUUUUGAAACGGGAAGAAGACAGAAAACAACAUCAAAGAAUGGAGAGAGAUUGUAAUGAUUUAGGUUACACUGACACAAAAACUAAAACAAAGCCUGAAUCAUUUAAGGCAAAUCCAGUACCAAAGCAUAUAUUUGAUUCUACCGUUGAUGACAAAAUAAUGGAAGAAGAGGAAUACAGAAAGAUCAGAAUUAAAAUGAGAGCAGAAGAAUUGUUAAGGUCUUCAUCUUUGCCACCAAAUAUGAAUACAAGAGAACAAAUGAAAGAGCAAAAAGAAAGAGAGCAAAGAAUGAAAAACAAAAGGAAAGGUAAAGGAACAAAAAGUGCAACACGACUAAGAAUUAACCAUGAGGUCCCAAAUUAUGAUGCAUUGUAUCGUCAGUUUCAGCAAGAAUUACAGAGAAGGAAAGGAAUGCGAGAAUCAACUGUAUCUCAGCCAUUUAGACUUGAGACAGAGAGGACUGGCAAAUCUACUGUAGAAAGAAUUAAAAAAGAAAUUGAAAAGGAAGAAGAAACUAUGAGGGAGAAUAGAUGGCCGUACAAACUCCCAAGGACAAAAGUUAAACUAGGUCACAUGUCAUCAUCACUGGAUGCCUUACCAGCAAAAUCAACGAGGUCUGCAGAUGCAAGAACCAGCAAAACUAGGAGCCACAUUCAGAAGCUGUCAGAGAGAGAACUUCAGGAAAUCGAGGAAGAUCGACGUCGACGUGUAAAGGAAAUGAGAUUGAGAAGAGCAAUCCAAGAGAAAACUAUGACACAUGAUACACCUAGAGAGACUCUGGAGGAGAGAAAGAAAAAAAACAGGGAAGCAGAUAGAGCCAGAAUGGAAGAGUAUGAAAGAGAAAUGCAGGAGAUGAAGAACAGAAUAAACAGAAGACCACUAUUGUUUGAACAGGAAUCUCAGGUAAAUGCUAAAAAGAAGGCAGAGAAGAAGUUUAACGCCACGUUGAGAAGUGUUGGUUUGGACGAAGAGUUUGUACAGAGCCGAGGAUCUAGGUCAGCUAGUGUUCAUGAUUACACAGAUGAUUAUGAUGAUGAUGAUGAUUUCGAGGACACUGCUGUGAAACGUCAAGAUAACACCUACACUAAGCGUCGAGACUCUGAGGGUUCUAUGUCCCCUGUAGAAAGUUGAAAUGGGUUAAAGUAAAAUAUUGUCAAGUUGCAUAUUGUUUUAGAUAGUUUUUCAAAACUUUAUUGUGAUACAAGAAACAAAGAUUUGCAUUGAAUGUAAGAUUAACUUUUAUUUCUAAGAGAUGCAGCAUGGUAUGAAAAAUACCAUGUCAGGACUGUAUAUUAUAAUGAAGAUACAUAUUUAACUGAAGCAGAGAGAGACAGAAGUUUUAGCAGUAAAUAUUAGGACCAACUAGAAUAGUUGUUAUUUAACCAGUUAAUUUCUUUUGCUAUGAUUAAUUGACAGUUAUAUCUUGUGACUUUAUUUUAUUGGGAUCAGUGUUUCAAUUUACGCAUUUAAUGUUUUUAUUGUUAUAUCUUUUGCCUGUUGCUUUAUUGUACGAAUGAAUUUAGAUUCUUAAUAGCGUGAUUCAGUUUUACAUGAAUGCACAUUAUAACUGGUUAAAAAAAAUCUCAAGUAUGCUGUAUUCAAUAGUUUUGUCAAGAGAAAGGCUCAUGUGAUGUUAAGAUGGAGUUAUAUUUAAGUUAGUAUCAACAUGAGUCUGUAAAAUGUACAAAAUCUAGUAAGACCUUAAAAUUAGUGCAAGAUAUUCUCAUGCAUUGUCCUCUUCUAUCUGAGGAUUGUUCUCCUGUUUUUCUUAAGUGCAUAUUUCUUCUUGAUAUACUGUGUCUUCAAAUGACCAUGUACUGUUUAUUGAUGACAGUGGUAUCACAGUGCUUGCCUAUUUUGUAUUUCAUAUCAGCCACAGUAAGCAAUAUUUGUUCGUAUUUUAUUUAUUCACUAUUACUAAAAGUUUCUCGGAAGUAGAGUUCAAUUAAUUAAUUUUACAUCAUAUUACACAGUAGUGUAGAAGUCUUCAUUUGUUGGGUAACUAAUCACUCAAUCUGAAGUAGUUUGUACUUCAUCUUUGUUGCGUGUGUGUAAAUUGUCAGUUACUUACAGAUAAUAAGUUAAAAUUGGUGCACAACCCAGUAACGCUGGUUACGUUACCUGACUGUUUAAAAAUGGUUCAUUUUUUUUUGGAAAGUUAGAAAAUGCUUUUAUUAAGUUAAUAAAUUCUAAAUUGAUUCAUCAUGUUUUAGGAAAGUAACAAUUAAAUAUGUAGAAAACUAAAAAAGAAAUGAUAUUUGAUACAAAAUGGAAGGAAUUUAGAAACAUUUUAUUUCAAAUACAUAAAAUUAUUAGUUAAAGAAACUGGUCUCCUAUCUAUUACAAUCUGUUGUUUUUUUAUGAUCAGUCUGGGUUCUUGCCCCUUUAUUAAACCCAAACAAAAGGAAGGGACGUCUUAAAUAUGUAGUUCACGUUAUUGAUAAAAUGUUGGAUGAAACUGGCAGUAGGCUGUGUAAGUGGGAAGUUUAAAAUCUCUAAUUUGUAUGUGAUUAUUUAUAAAGUUGUAACCUCUUUAUUUAUAAAUUAUUUAUAGUUCUUGCAAAGACAUGCCUAUCAAAAUACAGUCAGAUUUAUAUGCAUAUAUACAUGUAUGUCAUUAGUCCAGUAGUGCCAAUGUUCCAUGUUUAACCUGUAUAUACUGAGCAUUUAAAUAUAUUUAUAUUAUUAUAUCAUGUUAUUUUAUUAAACAUUGUGUUUUAUUCCAUAAACACAUUAAAGACAAAGCAGGAUGCAGACAUGUUCUCAUCAAAGUUUGGUUUUUUUUUCACUUAAAAUACCAUUGUUGAAGGGCUGCUACAAACAAAGCUAUGAAAAUAAGGAAAUAAAAAUAUAAGUAAAUGUUUACAAUGCUUUUUUUUAAAGUUUUGUUUGGAUCAUUAAUACUUCUCUAACUCAAUGCAUACUAUCCUGAUAGAUUUGUCUGGUUUAGAUUUUUAGCUUGACUAUACGAAGUAUGGAGAGCUGUCCUACUCCUAUAGCUCUGUAAUAACAUGAUGGAUGUGAUUCAAACAUGAAAUAGUUAUUCCUCAUCAUCAUCCACAUGAUACGGCACAAGGGUCAUAACUCUUGCACAAAUAUUUCAUGAAAGUUAUAUAUAAUAAUCUUGUUUACCGGUAAUCGUUGUAUUAAGUAUAUCAGACUGGUAGUCAAUUGUGCUGUUGUUUCUUAUUGCAAAAUGUAAACAUAGCAUUACAUGAAUUAACAGACACAAAAUUUCAAGUUGCUUUUACAAAACAUCCUUAUACACAAUAGUCUGUGUUAUAUUCAAAGUCAAAACUUUGAAAAAAAAAUUGUGAAAAUUUAUUUCUGUUGUGUCAUGUUAAACACUUACUGAAUGAUCCUGUGGGCCUUGGGCAAUAGUUUUGACUAUUGACUGGCUUGCCUAUCAAGGGUACAUUGUUAUAUACCGGUAACUCUUUUUUUGUUAGCUCGACUAUUCAUAGAAUAGUAGAGCUAUUGGACUCGCCCAUGCGUCGGCGUCCGCGUCCGCAUCCGCGUCCGCGUCCCGAUUUGGUUAAGUUUUUGUAUGUAAGCUGGUAUCUCAGCAACCACUUGUGGGAAUGGAUUGAAACUUCACACACUUAUUCACUGUGAUAAACUGACUUACAUUGCACAGGUUCCAGAACUCUGUUUUGCUUUUUUACAAAAUUAUGCCCCUUUUUUGACUUAAAAAUUUUUGCUUAAGGUUUUGUAUGUAAGCUGGUAUCUCAGUAACCACUUGUGGGAAUGGAUUGAAACUUCACACACUUAUUUACUGUGAUAAACUGACUUACAUUGCACAGGUUCCAUAACUCUAUUUUGCUUUUUUACAAAAUUAUGCCCCUUUUUCGACUUAGAAUUUUUUGGUUAAGGUUUUGUAUGUAAGCUGGUAUCUCAGUACUCACUAAUGGGAAUGGAUUGAAACUUCACACACUUGUUCACUGUCAUGAUCUGACAUGCACAAAGCAGGUCCCAUAACUUUAUUUUGCUUUUUUACAAAAUUAUGCCCCUUUUUCAGCAUAGAAAUUUUUGGUUAAGUUUUUGUAUGUAAGCUGGUAUCUCAGUAUCCACUAAUGGGAAAGGAUUGAAACUUCACACACUAGUUCACUGUCAUGAAAUGACAUGCAGUGCAAAGGGUCAACAACUCAACUUUGCAUUUUACAAAAUUAUGCCCCUUUUUGAACUUAGGAGUUUUUGGGUUAAAUUCUUAUAUGUAAGCUGGUAUCUCAGUACUCACUAAUGGGAAUGGAUUGAAACUUCAUACACUUGUCCACUGUCAUGAGCUGAUAAGCACUAUGCAGGUUCCAUAACCCUAUUUUACUUUUUUACUAAAUUAUGCCCCUUUUUCGACUUUCUUAUUCAUUCAAGCGACAAGGCUGUUAAAUAGUCGAGCGUUGCUGUCCUCCGACAGCUCUUGUUGUAUAACUGGUAAUUUUAAUUUCCAUUAGUUCUUUUUGUGCACAUUUAUGAAAACCAGACUCCUUUUAAUGGCAGAAAUGUGUCUGUUGAAGUUUAAACAGGUAUAUUUGUAAUGUAUUUAAAGAUUAUUUUUCACUCUAAUGUUAAUUACAUAACAGAUAUUUUACAGAAUACUGAUAUACUGAAUUGUUCUGAGUAGAUCUGCUAUUAAAAUACAUCAUAGAUGUUUGAACCUAAUAUUGAAUGGUAUCACCUAUGUAAAUGUGAGUUUAAGAAAUAAUUUUCCAUUAAGAAGUGAUCUUUCUGUAAAUGAACUAUAUGAAGAUAGUCAUAGUUGUAAAUAUAUGUUUUAAUGACAACAUGUUGCUGUUAAAAUUUUUUCUGUGAUAUUAGUUUUGUGAUAUUAGAUUGUUACACAUGUACAUGAAUCACUUUAUAUGGAGAUGAGUGCAAGAAUUAGGUAAAUGCUAUUUAUAGCAUAGGUUUAUCAUUCUGAACAAUAGCUUUGUUUUAAAAUCUGUCUGCUGUCACUGAAGUAUUGUUCAAAGAAAUUACAGACAAAAUCUUCUCUUUCUUAUUUGCUAUUGGACAAACAAAAUAAAUAGCAAAAUAGCCAAAGAUUUAUGCACAUGUAAUUAACUCAGUAGAUGUACAUGUAUUUAUAUAGUUUAAUAAAUAAGCUAGAAAGAUA